UAUUUAAGUUAGCCAGUCAAGCCGCUGUCACCUCGUGGUUUAGUGUGUGGUGCGUGUAAUGUUUUUAAUCAGACAGAUCCUUGUGCUGUAAUUUAUUAGGAAAGAAAUAUAUCAAUGAAAAUGUGAACGUUUUACACUUAUGCGGUCAUGGUUUAAAUAUAAAUACUAUCGUAUUUGAAUUUAAAAUAAAUUCGAGAGGUCUAGUUAAGGCAUAAAAGAUGACAAUAUUAAUUUAUGACUAUUGCCAGUUGGAGGAGCGCGCUUCCAGGCAUCUCAACGCAUGGAAAGCAUGGCAUUUGGUGCUAUAUUCCGUAGCUGGAAUAUUUGGUAUCCUGAACUACGUUUUCCUCCAGGAAACUAUGCAGUUGGUUGACAAUAAUUGCAUGUUGAAGCCGCGCGAGCUCGCCUUCCGUAUGGUUGAACUACCAAAUGAUACCGCCGAAGAGAUUGCGUAUAGCAAAGAUCCGUCCAGCAAACAUAAAGUUGAUAUUAAUAUAGUGACUGAUGGAACAGACUCAGCUUCUAAUGACAACGAAACGAAUAAAAAUAAAAGACAAGUGACGGAGACAGUCGAUCAUCCUGAGGUUGUUGAUGAAGAGAAUGUCACCAUGUUGACAGGUAACGAAACCCAUCGCCUAAUGUUAGACACAUCCAGGACUCUGUUCGCGCGGGACAAUGACUGCCAGUUCGUGGAGUACAUGCCUAUUAUGUCAACGGUGUUCGCCGCCGUCUGGAUUACAUUCUUCACAAUGUGCCCUGGAGGUGGACAUUCUAGAUCAGGGCUGCAGCGUCCGUGGCGUAUCGUAGCGCCGGCACUGAUCUUCUCCUUGGUGUUGGUGGGGCUGACGGGGCACAGCUUCAUACAGACCAACAGCGGUAUUCAGGACUUCUGUGCCGCCUUCUAUAAUGUCACCAAUACCACCACUUGUUCUGGUGCUAACUCAUAUCUGGAGAGGGGAGUAUCCGCCCCAUGGGGUCUGGGAGGUCGUGCGGGUGCGGUGCGCGCGGCCAGCGCCGGCGUGUGGGCGAGCUGGGCGUGCGGCGCCGCGCUGCUGCUCGCGCGCUGCCUCACCGCAAGGGACUUCGUCGUCAAACGAACCGCAGUAUACCUCGCUAGAGACCCACAACAGAAAAUAACUCCGUAUCUUAAGAAAACGAAACGUCGCAAAUCAUCACCGAACUCUCCGAUAGUCAAGGACAACGUAUCGAUCAGAUCCGAGCCUACAGCUACCACGGAGCUGGUGACGGCCUCCAUAGAACCUGGCCAGGAGACCGCGGUCAACACGCCCGAGGUCACACCUGUCAAAAGACCAAUCAGGGAAGAUGUCAUUGAAAUGACACACUCACCACAACUGACCAAAUAAAAAUAUUUAUUUUUAUAUUGAAUAACAUAUAACAUAAUGCCAGCAUAUAACAAUAUAAUAUUAAGAUUAUCAGUUUGCUAACCUGCCAGAUAAAUAAUUUUUAACUGUUAAAUUAGUAGCUGGAGUUUGACUUGGCACGUCGGGCAGAAGUUUCCUUUAAUUCGCAACGUGCCAACUUAAAUAUCGUAAUAGAAUUUUGCCCAAUUUGACAUGCUCACUCAUCAAAUGACGAUACAAGAAAGUGUAUCUGAAUAUAUAUUAAUUGGAAUUAAUACGAAUUACGUGAAUAUGAAUAUAUAAGUAUAUAUAUAUUCGAAUUAUUUCGAAUAUGUUUAUGAAUUUGUGUGGUAACAUUACCAGAAUUAUUGAAUUUAUUUUGGUCGGAAUGUUUUGACUUAAAAUUAUCUCGAUGUUAAAAAUAUAUCAUUUAUUUUUUCAUGUAUAUAAUAUUACUGUACUUUACUUUUU